AUGGCGGGAGAGGAGUCUGCUGGGGGGCGGGGGCGGUUACAGCAGCACCACGGUUACAGCAGCACAGGCCUGGAGGGCGCCGAGGCCGCUCCUGGUCUAGAUGUUCUUUUCCUCACCCCCGCCCUCUACGUGGUGGAGGGUCCCGUGUACGCGGUGAAACAUGAUGCAACCGGCCGGGAGGCGAGCUGGUACUCCUUGGCGGCAGCAUGCGUGGUACUGCACGCGGCAGGACAGCAGCCCGGGCGAGAGCGCACUGUCGCAUUGUCUCUGAUUCUACUUUUCUUUUUUCCUUCAGGCUGCUUGAUAGGGGCUGUGAAUCUCAAAUCCAGCAACCGAAACCCAGUGGUACAGGAAUUUGAAAGUGUGGAACUAUCUUGUAUCAUUACGGAUUCACAGACAAAUGACCCCAGGAUUGAGUGGAAGAAAAUCCAAGAUGAACAAACCACAUAUGUGUUUUUUGACAACAAAAUUCAGGGAGACCUGGCCGGCCGUGCAGAACUGCUGGGGAAAACCUCUCUGAAGAUCUGGAACGUGACCCGGACAGACUCAGCCCUUUACCGCUGUGAGGUGGUUGCUCGGCACGACCGCAAGGAGAUUGACGAGAUUGUCAUCGAGUUAACUGUGCAAGUGAAGCCGGUGCCCCCACUGUGCAGGGUGCCGAGGGCUGUGCCUGUGGGCAAGGCGGCCACGCUGACCUGCCAGGAGGGCGAGGGCUACCCCCGGCCGCAUUACAGCUGGUACCGCAACGACGUGCCACUGCCCACAGAUUCCAGGGCCAACCCCCGGUUCCGAAACUCCUCUUUCCUCUUCAACCCUGACACAGGCACCCUGGUGUUCAGUGCCAUCCACAAGGAGGACUCGGGCCAGUACUACUGCAUCGCGUCCAAUGAUGCGGGCUCGGCCCGCUGUGAGGAGCAGGACAUGGAAGUGUAUGACCUCAACAUCGGCGGGAUUGUUGGGGGAGUCCUGGUCGUCCUGACGGUACUGGCCCUGAUCACCGUGGGCAUCUGCUGUGCCUACAGGCGUGGCUGCUUCAUCAACAAUAAGCAGAACGGGGAAAGCUACAAGAACCCAGGGAAGCCGGAUGGAGUUAACUACAUCAGGACGGACGAGGAGGGCGACUUCAGACACAAGUCCUCGUUCGUGAUCUAG